AUGCAAGUUGACAGCAGUUUGGCUAUGAGUUCGAAACCCACCCCAGUCCCAAACGGGACGACGCCAUUCUGGCGAACAGAGCCUCAUGCUUUGGAUAGCCAUCGAUCUACCGAAUUUCUUCCGCUUGAGUGUGACAUCGUCAUUGUAGGCGCGGGAUAUGCAGGUGCCUCGGUCGCCCAUCAUAUUAUCAACCAGACCCAGCCUGGGCUUAUUCCCCCUUCGAUCGUGAUUUUGGAGGCUCGGCAGGCGUGUUCCGGCGCGACUGGGCGCAACGUCAUCUUCCAUAUAGGAGGCCAUAUGAAACCUGACAUUUACAACGGAAUCGCCGGGUUGGCAGUAGAUCAUGGUGUUGAGGCUGCUGCAGAAGUAGCCGCAUUCGAAGCCAAACACGUCACUUAUUUGAAACAAUUCGUCGAGAAUGAAAACAUCCAAUGUGACUACGUUGUCACAAAAGCGAUAGAUGUUCAAUUGUCACAGGCGCAUUCUGCAAAGCUUAAAGAGGGAUACGACAGAUUGAUACAGAAUGGAUGUGAGCCGACAGCUACCGCAACGUUCGUCGACACACCUGAAGCAGAAAAGUUCUCUGGAGUUAAAGGCGCGAAGGGGUGUUUCACAUACGAUGCUGGUCAUAUCUGGCCAUACAAAUUUGUGCUACACCUUUUAGAGAACGCCCUUGCUCAUGGAGUGAAUCUGCAGACCCACACUCCUGUCUCUGGAAUAACAUACGCCAAUGACCCGUCUCUGGCUCAUCGCUGGACAGUCAAGACUGAGCGAGGUUGUAUUUCAGCCAAAAAAGUGGUACUGGCAACGAACGCAUAUACCUCAUCACUUGCCCCUCAAUAUAAGGAGAAGAUUGUGCCAGUGCGAGGGACUUGCAGCCGAAUUGUUGUUCCGCCUAACGACUCUGUCCCUCGGUUAACCCGUACUUACACCCUUCGCUGGAACAAUUGGAACUACGACUAUCUUAUUCCUCGUGAUGAUGGGAGUAUUGUUGUCGGUGGUGCACGACCAGCUUUCAUCGAUGAUUUGGCCAACUGGUACAAUGUCAGCGAUGAUAGCCAGGUACUCGAGGCUGCCAUCCGAUAUUGGGACAAUUAUAUGCAGCGCAAUUUUGUUGGUUGGGAGGAGAGUCAUGCGUACACUGAUCGGGUGUGGACUGGAAUCAUGGGUUAUUCUUCGGAUGGACUACCACAUAUAGGCCGUGUUCCAGGAGAGGAUGAACAAUAUAUCAUCGCUGGUUUCACUGGACACGGAAUGCCGCAGAUUUUCCUUGCAGCUGAGGGUUUGGCAAAAAUGAUACUGCAAGGCCUCGACUUCAAAGAGACCCAGCUCCCGCGGUUGUUUGAAUCUACUCCAUCGCGACUUGAGAACUCUCAGAAUAAAAUAUUUGCCAGCACCCCGGGAGCAAAGUCCCAAUCCCGAUUAUGA